UCCUUCCACAGUCGCACGGCAACAAACCAAAAGUUGAAAUACAAUGUGUAAUUCUGCCAUGGUGAUUUGGUUAGUUUUUAGUUGUGGCAUCAGACAAUAAUUUAGGCUCUUCUGAUUUCGGUUUUGAUGAUAAUGUGUUCGCCAUGUGGCAAGUGGGCGAUACUGUAAUCCGCGUAUAUAUUCCCCUUGUCCGUUGCGCUUAAGCUCCCGCUAAAUACACUCCCUCCCUCCUCGCCGUCCGUCCGUCCCUCCAUUCCAUCCAUCUUCUUCUUCACCGAUCCGCCAUUGCCUCGCGCGCCGGCGGAGGCUUGCCGCUUUGGAGCUGUUUCCCGCCACUGUUGCGCGCUUGCCGGCCUCGUGGUAGCCACUGCCCAUUUAAUUUACUUACAGCUGCAAAGCGCGCCAAUUCGGCGGGCGGCGGCGGUCACCAUGCUGGGGGUGAGGAAGGGCGCGGCGACUGUGGAGCUGGGGUCGCUGACCAUGAGGAGGAAGGGCGCCCCGCCUCCGCCUCCCCCCGUGGUGCCGGUGGAGGAGGGGAAGAAGGCGCCGGCGGUGGCGGUGGGGACGGGGAAGGUGUCGGCGGAGGAGGUGUGGGAGGUGCGGCCGGGCGGGAUGCUGGUGCAGAAGCGGGGGCCCGAGGAGGACGAGCCGGCGCCGGAGAGCGUCAAGCCGGUGCCCACCAUCCGGGUCAAGGCCAGGCUCGCCGGCAAGACCCACGAGAUCUACGUCAGCGCGGAGGCCACGUUCGGGGACCUGCGGAGGCGGGUGGCGGAGCGCGCCGGCGCGCACCCGGAGGACCUGCGCACGCUGUACAAGGGCAAGGAGCAGGACCCCAAGGCGUUCCUCGACAUGGCGGGGGUCAGGGACCGCUCCAAGGUCGCCGUGGUCGACGACCCCGAGGCCCGCGCGCGGCGCCUGCUCGAGGAGCUCCGCCUGGGCAGCCUCCGCAAGGCCGCCGGCGCCGUCGCCGCCGUCGCCGCCGAGGUCGACAAGAUCGCGCCCAAGGUGUCGGCGCUGGAGGCGUCGGUGCGCAAGGGGGAGAAGGUGGCGGAGAAGGACGUGGCGACGGUGACGGAGCUGCUGAUGAACGAGCUGCUCAAGCUGGACGCGGUGGCCGCCGGCGGCGACGUGAAGGAGCAGAGGCGCGUGCAGGUGAAGCGGGUGCAGAAGUACGUGGAGACGCUCGACGCCGUCAUGGCCAAGAACGCCACCAUCGCUCCCAAGCCCGCCAGCGCGAAGAAGCAGCCGCCACAGCCAGCGCCGGCGAGGCAGCUGCCGCAGUCGCAGCGGCAACGCCACCAGCAGCCUCCGCAGGCGCAGCAGCCGCCGGCGCAGACGGCGCGGUGGGAGAUGUUCGACCUGCUGUCCUCGCUCCCGACCACCUCGUCCUCCUCCUCCACCACCACCACCGACAGCUCCACCGCGUCCUCCGCCGGCGCGCCCCCGCCGCCCACCAACCGGCUCGACUGGAUGCUCUAGACCGGAUCGAAUUUCUGAAGCAAAUGCAACAGAGGCUCGCGCGCCAAGAAUCGCUCGCCGAGACGGUGAUUGAAUUUCGGCCAUGCCUUGAUUAGAUCAUCAUGGUACCAUACUGCCGCCAAGUCCUAGUUCAUCAUCAUGUCAGAGAGAGGUGUCCAAAGUUUUUUCCUCUUUUUCGUCUUCUUCUUCUUCUUCUUCCGCGUCCGUCAUCAUCAAAAUGUCUGAUACUGCUACAAAUUCUUUGGUGUGCAUACUCUGGGAACCAAACAGUGGGUCAAAAGCUAGGGGAUGUAAAAUGUAAUGUGUCCAGUUGAGAUUGAGAUUGGGAAAUAAGUCAAAGCUUAGAGUUGCGUCCAUGUCCAUCCA